UCACUUAAACCACACCACGGCCUGCAGCCUGCUCCUUCUGUGCACCUGAGGACUAAAGACGAGAAAAGGCAGCAUGGAUGUAAGUACCUCACCAAAUGCUCAGAUCUCUACACUGCACUCUGACCCUCUGUGUGGCAGCUGCCCGUCCUCUGGUUCUGCCCCACAGGCUAACAGCCUUUGGCCGAGCCUGCCGCAGUCUGGAGCUGGUUUCCCCGGGUGGCCGGGACAGCCGGGACAGCCGGGACAGCCUGCCCAGCCCGCACCGUGCUGGAAUGGCCAGCCAAACACUCCCUGCUGGCCUGGGACACAACCAGCUGUAGCACCAGCCCCUGCACCUACCACAACCGUAGUCCAGGCUCCAGCUAAUGCUCAGGUUCCACCGCAGCCCUGCAAUCCUUGCUGGGGAGGUACCCAGUACCAGCCUCCCCAGAACCAGGCUCCCCAGUACCAGGCUCCCCAGAACCAGGCUCCCCAGUACCAGACUCCCCAGUACCAGUCUCCCCAGUACCAGCCUCCCCAGAACCAGGCUCCCCAGUACCAGGCUCCCCAGUACCAGGCUCCCCAGUACCAGGCUCCCCAGUACCAGCCUCCCCAGUACCAGCCUCUCCAGCCAUCAGCUCCAAUUCAAGCUCAAGUCCCUGUUCAAGUCCCUGUUCAAGUCCCUGUUCAAGUCCCUGUUCAAGUCCCUGCUCCAGCUCCAACUCUAACUCCCCACCCAGUCCCAGCACCUGCUCCUGGCAUCCGCCCAAACGCACCAGGGUGGCCCGCUCACCCUGGUUGGCCUUAUAACCCGGGACAGUCAGGAUGGCCUGGACAGAAUCCAUCCAUCAUGCCUCCACACUGGCUUCCUCCCACAUCUGGACCUCUUAGUGUGCCAUACAACUUGAACCUGGCCCGAGGGGUCUACGACAAGAUGAUGAUGACCAUCUUGGGCCAUGUCAAACCUAACGCUAAAAUGUUCACAGUGAACUUUCUGAGAGGCAACGACAUCGCCCUUCACAUCAACCCUCGCUUUAGUGAGGGGGGCAAACAGGCGCUGAUCCGCAACCACAAACUGGGUGAGCGCUGGGGCGCGGAGGAGAGGGACCUGAAGGGACCCUUCCCCUUCGCUCAAGGGAGCCCUUUUGAGAUGAAGAUCCUGUGCACUCAGGAGGCGUUCAGGGUGGCGGUGAACAACAUCCCGCUGUUUGAGUUCCGACACCGCGUCAGAGAGCUCAACCAGAUCGACAGAAUCAACAUCCUGCACGAUGUCGUCCUCACCUGCGUCAAUGUGGAGACACUUCCAUAGGAAGCACAUUAUUACUCACAAAGCACAUCAAGGGCACAGAUAUGUAUGAGUGUGAUGUAAAUGCAUACAAAGACACAUAUAGACACACACACGCUAUCUAUACAGGCUACAUGUUGCAGGAAGUAAAACUUUCCAGUUUAUUUAUCAUGAUGCUUAAAGAUCGAACAAAUGUGUGUUAGUACGUAAUGUAAUAUUAGUUAUGACAUGAGCUGAGCUCAUUCUAUAAUAUGCUACUUCCUCUACCACAUAGCUAACCAUUUAACACACACAAAGCUUUAAUCUUCUUCUCUAUGUAGAUGCUACUGCUACUGUAUUUAUUGUGUACAAUAUGUUCUAUAUUAUUAAAGGGGAGCUACGCCCAUUUUCAAAAUGUAUACACAUUAUUCCUAUGGUCUAAGACAGUCCAAAAAUGAUUAGUAAACAUGAACAACUCUCUCCCGAAUCCAAAAACUCUCCAAAGAGUGCUGAAACUCAAACUUGUGAUGCCAUAGGGUAUAAAGUGCUGCUCCAUAGAUGAUGAAUGGAGAGAGAUGUAUAUGGGAACAUUUUCUGUUUCACAACUGACAACAUUACAAUAGAAUAAAGCUCAUUUCCAUGAAAUCAGUUUUCCAUUCAUUGUGUAUGGAGCAGCUCCAGACUUUAUACCCUAUGACAUCACAAGUUUGAGACUUACUUCUCUGGUUUCUGGCUUUGAGAGAGAGAGAGGAGCUCAUGUUCACAAAUAUUGAUUGAACUUUCCUAGGCCGUGGAAAUAACAUACUGGAAUUCUUAAUUUGGGUGGUGUUCCCCUUUAAAUUGCUAACUGAGAAUUAAACAUGCUAAUAUUGCCCAAAAAAAAAUCCAAUUAUUAUUAUGUUAUUAGAUGUCCAUUAGGGUUCUGUUAACUAAUUAUGAAAAAAAUAAAAUCAUCAGUCAGUCAUCUGGUCCAAUGUUUUAAUUAUUUAUUUUAAAAGAAGUACAGUGCAACAGUUUGAAUAAAAAUCUCUUUCAGAGAAAUAUAAAACCUUAAAAUCAGCACAAAGAAAACUUGCACAAAUGUACAAAAGGAAACAGACUAACAGAUAAGUAAAGCAAUCAGUCAUGGCUACAGUACUCUGCAAUUGGGGAGACACCAUUGGCACAAAAAUAUGAAUAACACAGCCUAAACAAAACACCUUCACAAGUCCAUCAUCUGACACUCAUACCUCAAGAUAACCAUUUCUAUCCUCACACCUUAACUUAACUUCCUCCAACCCCCCACUUAAAUGCAUCCAUCUCUACCUAACAGAACCAGUUUUGCCCCAUUAGCAGCAGGGCCUAAGGAUGCUGAUGUCAGUUGCAUCCAACAAUUUGGUCUGGAGCAAAAUGUCUCUGUAGCUGGCCAAAUUGAAAUUGGUGAUAUGGUUCACCCAGUGGGUGAUUCAUCCUUAA